CAAAAACUGACGCACAUCAGUAGUGUAUUGUGCGCCAACGAAAAUCUCAAAUAUAUUAUUAUUCAAUUUCUAGACUUUUGUUUUUCCUUCAACAUCUCAUUUUGUGAACUCUAAAUAAUUCAACUUAACUCAACUCAACUCAACUCAACUGAACUGUACUUCACUUAAACCACGCGUGAAUUUAACUUUUGUGCGCUUCUCAACUUGAGCUAUCUGAAAACUUUUAACUUUUUAUUGAACUAUAUGUGAAUAAGUGAAGCUUACGCCAGCGAGAAAGUGGCGAAUCUGUCACAUUCGGUACUGACCUGCGUGUGUGUGCAUGUGCGUGCGUGUAUGUGCGUGCUGGCAGCCUAUAAAAAUCGUUAAAUUACAUGAUGAUGAAACUCUUCCGCGUCGUCUCAACUCUACUCUAUUCUUCUUUCAAAAACUGCUUGCUACUAUAUCCUGCACUAAAUAUAUACUAUACAACCAAAUCGUUUGUUUAAUACUAGAGAAAAAAUAAAGAAAAAUAACAAAAACAAAAAAGAAAAAGAAAAAUCUAACGAAUUAUAGUUGCAUAGCACUUCCGACGUUACGCUGUUGCUAUCCAAACAAUUUUCGCUGAUUUUGCACUAAAGAAAUAUAUGCUUAAAGAAAGAACGAAAAAAAGCAAGCUGGCUUGUGGAAAAAUUGCUGAAAAACAAGCAAAUAGCAUAUAACAUAAAACAUUAACAAUUGUGAAUAACGGUGGAAAGAAACGAGCCAAGCCAGUCGUGGACGCAGCAGUUGAAAAGAGAAAGACACCGUCGCCAGCCACGGAAAACGACGCAGAACGUAGAACGCAAACAAAAAGCACAAACGUCAUGAAGCAUAAGUAGUACCAGCUAGUAGUUGAUGAUGUAGUUGUCAUAUUGUUGAAGUGCAAACGGUGGCCAACUAUUUAGCGUGAUUUAAAAGCAAAUGCAACGAAAGAACACAGAACAGUUAUAUGUCAACAUACCAACCUGCAAGCUAAUGAAUCACUCGACUCACCAUCCACUGGCCGCAUUACUCAUACAACAAACACGAUGAGAGAAGCAUUUUCAAGAAAAUUCAGCUCAUUUAAUAUAAAAGAAAACUAAAAAAAACAAGCAAUACAAAUAUAAAUAACGAAAAGCAACAACAACAAUUCUGUGUGAAACAAAAUUACGUCAACGAUACAACGAAGCAAUACUCAACUGUGAGCAAAACCACAAAAACAAAAUCAAGUAAACAAAAAGAAGAAAUAAUUAAAAAUUUAGAUUUAGCAUACAACAUUGAAAUUAAAGCAUUAGAGGCGUUAGAAACGUUUGAAAAUUAUAAAUUUACAACUAAUAGCAAAUUCACACUUAUCAAAUAAGUAUUUGGCAAUUACGAGAAACCAAACCGAGAGAGCGCAGAAAAAAAGAGUUUGAGAACAGUUUAUGUGAGUAAAAGCGAGUUGUGACCUUCCACUUGAAUGGUGCAAAACGAACUUCGCCAACAAAAUGUCCGUCGAUUGCAUGCGACCCACGAGCAAUAAGAUCGUCAUCACGCCCGGUGCAACACUGUGCUAUGCCCCGAACACUACGGCACGAGUAUCACAACAGCAACAAACACGCUCCACAAUACGACAGCAGCAAACGACGGCGACUGUGAGAUCAGCGCGGCCACAACCAAAUUCAACAACAUGCAAGGGCAAAGCACUGGCAACGGUCAAGCCAAGCGCGCUGCUUCCGAAGCAACAGUCGACGAUUUUGGUGGUUAGAAAGCCUGCUGGACCAGUUACACCGCCACCCCUACAGCCGAAAACCAAAUAUGCAUCACUUGUACCGUUAUCGCGUAGCACCAACAAACGCGUGCGCAGUGUCAGCAAUCAGAAAUCGCCCAAAGAGCCAGUCACUGUGGAUCGCAUUGAAUUUGAGGAUGCUACUAGUGAUUUGGAGGUAUGCAAGAGACUUGAGUGGUCGGCCGCACAAUCCUUAGUCGAAAUGAAUGCGAAAGAGAAGCAGCGACGCAGUGCUGCCGCUGUACAGGCAACAAUAGAGCGGAAGUCAUUGACGUCGGUGACGACUCAAGAGGUUGCUGCAGUGCAGACACCUGUCAGUGGAACCGUUUUGAGUGAGGCAAAUUCACACAACAAUGGUGAUAUCACUAGAGUGGAGCAACGACGCAAUGUUGUCAAGUGGAAUGCCAGAAAUAAUAACAACAACAACAAAGCAACUACUAAUGAAGCCACAACCGGCAAAUAUGUCGCACCAUUAACAACCAUUGGUGGACGCUCCCCGGCCGAAGAUGGCAAAGUCAUAUUCUAUGCACCACCAGCUGGUGGUAUCAACGCCAAUCAAACUUCCACUCAGGCGCCAACCUUUACGAUCAAACAAGAACCAACAUUGCCGGCGUUUUACCGCGAACGCAGUAUCGAGGAGACCGAAGCCGCCCACGAUCUACUCUCACUAUCACAAAGUCUACCACCACUAACACCGCCUUGUGUCGUCACCAUACUACAUCAGCAGGAGGCGUCGACUAAUCGCAACCACAACAACCAUAACACCAACAAUAAUAACAGCACAAUACAGCAACAAACUCACUAUCAACCACAAAUACAACCAAACACAGGCAUCAUGCAUGAAAUAUCCAGUGCUUCCAAACAGCAAAGAGCCGGCGUCGUUGCACAACCGCAGCUCGCACCACCACCACUUUGUGCGGCAACAAUUAAUGCAGAUAACUUUACUAUAUUCACGGUGGAAGAGAUUCAAACGCCCACACAUCGACCAGCACACGGGCAAGGUCCACCAAAGAUACGCUACAUCAGCAGCGGCAGCAGCAGCUCGUACGACAGUCACGCAGGCGCAAAUACACCAGAUAACUCGGAGAACUGCUCACCACUAACGCCACCAAAUUCCGAUCAUUCAUCCGAUAUAGACAUUGAUAUGUCCUCCUCAUCGGAGUCGGGUCACUUCAAUUCCAACUAUCAACCUACGCUGAAAUUGUGGAUCGACGAACCGACGGCCGCGUAUACAAUGCGACGCACUUCCACCAACGCAAUGGCUAUCGAUGAUGCGUUCGAUGCGAAGUCCACUCACACCGCCGCCAAGUUGGGCCUUAACAUAUUGGAUGGGCGCACCAAAGCGAGCCGUUGCCACAAGGAGCCAAUCGAAACGCACACAGCCGGCAACUACGGCGCGCAUGCCACCGACAUGGAUGCGUAUGUGAAGAAGAAACGCGGCAGCUACAAGUGUUCCGAAUGUGGCAAACAGUAUGCCACAUCGAGUAAUCUGUCGCGCCACAAGCAAACGCAUCGCUCACUUGAUUCGCAAUCGGCGAAAAAAUGCAAUACUUGCGGCAAGGCUUACGUCUCAAUGCCCGCACUCGCCAUGCAUCUACUCACGCACAAACUCUCGCACAGCUGCGACAUCUGUGGCAAACUGUUCUCACGCCCAUGGCUGCUGCAGGGCCAUCUACGCUCGCACACCGGCGAGAAACCGUACGCGUGCUCACACUGCGGCAAAGCUUUCGCCGAUCGCUCCAAUCUGCGUGCGCACAUGCAAACGCACUCGAUCGAUAAGAAUUUCGAAUGCAAACGUUGCCACAAGACAUUCGCAUUGAAGUCGUACCUAAACAAGCAUCUGGAGUCGUCAUGUCUCAAGGAUAUGAUGGGCAUGUCUAGCGAAGAGGCGGCCGACUUGUACGGCGCGGAUGGGGAUGGUGAUGGUGAUGGUGACGGUGAGGGUGAAGGCGAAGGCGAAUCGUUGACAGCGCAAAGCAGUGAUGAUAAUGACGAGGAUAUAGUCGUCGCAUAGAUGCCGUUAGAAAUCUGUUGAGAGACGGCAAUGUAAAACAGCUGCAAUUAGCAGCAUAUGUGCCAGGGUAAGUGCAAAAGCUUAGUAGUGAUGUGAAAGCUUCUUUUUAAUGCGUAAGCUUUUUUUCCAAUGUGAAAGCUCUUCCUAAAUACAGGAAAGCAUACAAUUUUUACGAAAUCCAAUUGUAAAAUAUAUUGUAAAAGUAGUUUUUCUAUAAUAAGAAGUUCGAUAGCUAAAACAAAAGUAGAAACAAGUGAAACGAAAUGAUAUAAGAGAAAAAGUAAGUGACGUAAAAGCUAAAAUGAAAGCUAAGUGAAAGCUGUAGAUUUUUUUCGCAAAAACGCAAUUAAACAACAAUACAAAACCUACCAACUUUAAGUAAAAAUCCCAUGCAACGAAUAUUAUGGAACAUAAGUAGAAAUUCUAUAUA